UUCCUGUGCAACUUCCUGCAAAGACAACGGCAAUUGGUUUAAAAUACUAACAGGCGUUUCAUCCAUCUCGGUGUAAUAUCAGAGUUUGAAUCUGGCUUGUGUCUUUUGAUCCCUCAUCAUGAUGCGUUACUGGGGUGAGAUCCCGGGGCCUGCGGGGGCUCCUCCGAGUCGCAGCUCCUUUGACCUACUCCAGCGUGAGUUCCGCUCAGUGGAGAUGCAGGACCCUCCGUUGCACCAGCCCUCAGCCCAGCGUCCGCGGCCAACCACAAUGUUGGACAUCCCCUCGGAGCCCUGCAGCCUCACCAUCCACACAGUGCAGCUGUGUCAGCAUGCCCGCCGCCUACGUGGUCUGUUAUCAGCAGCCCAAGCCCAGGCUCAGGGUCAGAGCUCAGCGUCCUCUGAGGGCGGCAGCAGGCUGGAGGAUGCUGACACCAACCUGCCUCUGCGUCCUCCCACCCCACCUGUCAUGCCAGAUGACUUGCUACCUGUGGACAGCAAAGCCCCACGGCAGCCUUUCCUGCUCCGCCACAGUGACCCUGAAAGUGACUUUUAUAAGGGUAAAGGCGAGCCUGUCACAGAGCUGACUUGGCACUCCUGCAGGCAGCUCCUCUAUCAGUCAGUGGCCACCGUCUUGGCUCAUGCCGGCUUUGAGUCAGCCCAGGAGAGCGUACUGGAGGCCCUGACUGACCUGGUCCAUGAGCAUUACCUGCGCCUCACCCGUAUGCUGCGAGUGGCGGUGGACCGGGAGGCUCGGCUCGGAGCGAGUCCUUUCCCAGACGUGGUGGAGCAAGUGUUCCACGAGGUGGGCAUCGGCAGCGUGCUGGCACUGCAGCGCUUCUGGCAAGUGCGCAUCAAGGACUAUCACAGCUACAUGCUGCAGGUGAGUAAGGAUCUGUCAGAGGAAUACGAGCGACUGGUGAACCCAGAGAAGGCCCUGGAGGACUCCAAGCCCCCGAGGAUCAAGGAGGAACCCAUGAGUGACAUCUCUUUCCCUGUUAGCGAAGAGCCAGAGGCCGACCUAGCCUCUGGGGACCAAGCUCUGCCGAUGGGGGUCCUCGGGGCCCACGGUGAGAGGCUAGCUUCGGGCCUGGAUGGUGACCAUUCUCCACACACUUCAGGUGGGGGCGCAGCCAACAACUCCCCACUGUGGCCCCAGGUAAAAAUGGAGCCACAGGAUGCAGAGGAGGGCCAGGCUGCUGGCCACCAUCACCACCACCACCAUCAUCACCACGGCGUCUUGGGUGGAGAUGUUUUCGAGGAAGGCGGGCCCAUGUCCACCAUGAGCGAGUCAGGAGGAGCGAUGGCACCCUCUCCCGCAGGCGCUGCGUCAGACGGCAGCUAUGCUUCGCAUUCGCCCGACUCUUUGAUGGGCACUUCGCCCGUCUUUAACCAAAGACCUAAGAAGCGGGCAAAGAAGAUGUGAGGCCAGGUUUGUGGAUGCAAGAUGAAUUAAGAGGAGGACUCACCAGCAAGUCUUUGACAUAUGUUAUCAAUAAAGUAUGUACUGAAAAAUCUCAUGGUUUAAAAACUCCAGCUGCACAGUGUGGGACUCAUCUGCAGCUGUUGAGAUCAUUAACCACUGCAUAGACUGAUGGAAAUAUGAACAUCAUGGAAAAAAAAUGUUUUUUUGUGUUUCUUUGUAUGAGUUUGUAUAGUUUCUCACAAAUAGCUGAAGAUGUUGCA